AUGCUAAUAGUUCAAAAUAAAGAUUUAAGGUCCACUAUUGCUAAACAAAGAGUGAUGAUAGAUAUUUCUGAAUCAUUUCCAAGAAUACAUGAGCUUUCAAAUUUAGUUUUAAAAAAUUUGGAAAGUAUUACAGAAAAACAAAAAAUUUCAAUUUCCGCUUCCGCUUCUCCUUUAAAAGCUAGAACAAAUAUUUCUUCAAUAUCUAUGGUUUCAAAGGUAACAAGUAAAAAUGUAGUGAAGGACGUUUCCAAGGUUGAUAAUGUGGAUUUCUGUAACCAAAUGCAACCUGAAUUAGUUUCAAAUCAACCCUACAAUAUAUUAGAGGAUUUUAAUGGUAUUCAGAAAACUAUUGUUAUUGAAAAGGACACAGUUGUUGGAGUGAGCAAAGAAAUUGUUGAUAAACCAAAUCAGUCAACAAUUGAUAAAAUAGCAAACCCAAAGGUAAUGGAAAUUGUAAAAAAAGUUGCUUCUAGUGCCAUGGACCAAUCUGAGGUGUCUUCAGAAAAUUGGGUUGAACUUUGGCCUAAAUCAGGAAUAGAAGUUAACUCAUUCGCAUUAUCAUCAAUUAACCGUAAAUGCCCAUCUAAAAUGAUAUCGGAUCUUAUGAUUAUUUUAUUCACUGACGAUGAGCUACGCAAUGGAUCGGUUACUGGCAAAAAAAGUAAUUUCAUAAAAAGUGGAGAACUAAAAAAACAGCUUGAUGUCCACAAAGUAAAGGCAAUGAAAGAUUUUACACAAGAUAUUUUCAGAGAUGUUACAGUUGAAAUUAUAAACAAAGCUAUAAGAACAAAACUAAAUAAUUUUUCAAAGAAACCAAAAGCCCUAAAUUUCAAUGCUGGUUCAGCUACCAGGCUUACAAAUACCAUUUAA